GUGUUCACCGGAUACAAAGCAAGUAGUUUUAUCCUAACGAGGAAUUAGAUUACCAAGCGAGAUUAUUACAAUCAUUUAAUUUUAAUAGAGCAUAGAUAAGUUACCCUCACAUAUCGUUUAGAUAUUCUUCUGUCAGAUUUUGAUAUUUUAUAGGAUCUUUAAUUUAGUCAAAGGUCUUUGCCAGCAGAAACCGAAAGAGCUCCAGGGAGAUGAAGAAGAGGAGAGAAAUAGUGAACAAAUCGCGCUUUUAGAAGAAGAUUAUAAUGGUGAAAUUUCAGCAACAAUUUGGAUUCCUUUGGCUGUAGCAGUAGGUAUUCUAAAUGCAUUAGCUAAUCUUACGACAAGUUAUCUUUCAAAAUAUAAAGAGAAAAUCCUUGCAAUAAACAGUAUUGGUCUAAUGCUUGGAUGCUUCUUAGCUUUAUGUGCUAUCACAUUCUUCUCUAAAUCGAAGACUAGGCCAGAGAGAUCUGAUGAUGAGCCUCAGGCAGAGGCUCCACUAUUCAAAUGGUUUUAUGAUAUCUAUUAUGUGAGAAAGCAAGACGAACAUGGAAGGUUCCUUGAAAAUCAAUGGGAGAACAAAAUCCAAUAUACUCAUGUUUUUCUAAGUUUUGUGUUAAUAUUUUUAAUAGUUCCUAUUAAGAUAAUGCGUGCGUUAUCUUAUUAUUUUGCAAGUAUUGGCUACUUCAAUACCGGAGUCCUUGAAUCAACAGGGACUACUAAAGUAAUUUUUUCUUCAGUUUUAUAUUAUUUUGUGUUUAAGCAAGUUAUCAAAUGCUAUGAAUUCAUCGCUAUCUUCCUGCUGAUAGUUGCUUCAUUAAUGAUGUUUCUGUCUGGAGAGUCAACAACAGUAGCUGAAGGUACUGAAACAGCAGCUUUCUAUAUAGUCUUGAGUUGUGCUCUGAAGAUAUUUUCACAAAUCUUUUUGGUUAUCAGAUGUGCUGUGAUUAAAUUCUUCUUUGGAGCUGCUAAAGAAGUUAAUAUUUCUGCCCUCCACAAUUUCACAAUAACUAUAUUGGAGAUCUUCUUGAUUAUUUAUUUCAUAAUUUUAUUGUGGCAAGGUCUUGAAUUAGAGACCUUAGAGGUAUGUGUUGGAAUCAUUGGAGGGUUUCUCUUCAGUAUGUAUGGAUAUCUAUUUGCUUAUGUGAAUGUGAGAGGACAAGCAGGAAUAGCUAACGCAAUCAUUGAAACCAAGGUUCUCUUUCAAGCAGCUUUGGAUUGGAUGAUAUUUGGAAGGGCUCCCAAUACUAUCCAGUAUUUCAGUAUGUGUAUGGGAUUAGGAGCAAUAUUCUUCUUACUUUUUAUGUCCCAUAUCACAUCCAAGAACAAACCCCCUACCUAAAUCCCAGUUUCAACCACA